AACAGCUGUUUAAAGCUCUAACUGUCAAGCUUAGUACUCAAUGAUAUUUAUUCUUUUUCUGAUGAGUAUCAUAGUUUAUAUACUGUUUUCCCCUUCUCUCAUAGUUUUCAUAGCAGCAGAAACUUCAUCCAUUACACUAUCCCAGUCCCUCAGUUACGGAAAAACCCUAGUUUCCCCAAGUGGAAUCUUUGAACUCGGUUUCUGCAAUCUUGGAAAUCCGAACAAAAUCUACCUUGGGAUUUGGUACAAGAAUAUUCCACUUCAAAACAUAGUUUGGGUUGCAAACGGUGGCAACCCAAUCAAGGAUUCUUUUUCCAUCUUGAAACUAGACAGUUCUGGCAAUUUGGUCCUUACACACAACAACACGGUUGUUUGGAGCACAAGUUCUCCAGAAAAGGCACAGAAUCCGGUGGCAGAGCUCUUGGAUUCAGGCAAUCUUGUGAUAAGAGAUGAGAAUGAAGCCAAGGAAGAUACAUAUCUGUGGCAAAGCUUUGAUUACCCAUCUAAUACAAUGCUGUCAGGAAUGAAGGUUGGAUGGGACAUCAAGAGAAAUCUUAGUACUUGCCUGAUAGCUUGGAAGAGUGAUAAUGAUCCAACCCAAGGAGACUUAUCAUGGGGUAUUACCCUGCACCCCUAUCCUGAUAUCUAUAUGAUGAAGGGAACAAAAAAGUACCAUAGAUUUGGACCAUGGAAUGGUUUACGUUUCAGUGGCAUGCCACUUAUGAAGCCUAAUAACCCCAUAUACCAUUACGAGUUUGUCUCCAACCAAGAAGUGGUUUAUUACAGAUGGAGUGUCAAACAGACUAGUUCAAUAUCUAAAGUGGUACUUAACCAAACCACACUAGAACGUCAGCGUUAUGUAUGGUCAGGAAAAUCAUGGAUUUUAUAUGAAGUGAUGCCAGAAGACAACUGUGACCAUUAUGGAGUCUGUGGAGCCAAUACAUAUUGCACCACUUCUGCGUUACCAAUAUGUCAAUGUUUAAAAGGGUUCAAGCCUAAGACUCCUGAGAAAUGGAACUCAAUGGACUGGUCUGAAGGAUGUAUCAGGAAACAUCCACUUAGCUGCCAAGAUAAGCUCAAUGAUGGGUUUGUACUUGUGGAUGGCUUGAAAGUGCCGGAUACUAAAGAUACGUUUGUGAAUGAGACUAUUGAUCUAAAACAAUGCAGAACCAAGUGCUUGAAUAAUUGUUCCUGCAUGGCAUAUACCAAUUCAAAUAUAAGUGGGGCAGGCAGUGGCUGUGUUAUGUGGUUCGGUGAUUUAUAUGACAUCAAACUGUAUCCAGUUCCAGAGAAUGGGCAGAGUCUAUAUAUAAGGUUGCCUGCGUCAGAAAUAGAGUCUAUCAGGCACAAGAAGUCAAAAAUAAUAUUUAUAACCUCCGUUGCUGCAACUUUAGGAGUGGUGCUUGCUAUUUAUUUCGUCUACAAAAGGAACAUUGCUGAUAAGCCAAAGAAAAAUGAGAACAUUGAAAGACAGCUUGAAGAUCUGGAUGUGCCAUUGUUUCAUCUGCUAACAAUCACUACUGCCACGAAUAAUUUCUCGUUGAAUAAUAAGAUUGGACAAGGUGGUUUUGGACCUGUAUAUAAGGGAAAAUUAGUGGAUGGGCGAGAAAUUGCUGUCAAGAGACUUUCAAGUAGCUCUGGACAAGGAAUAACCGAGUUCACAACAGAAGUAAAACUGAUUGCAAAGCUUCAACACCGAAAUCUUGUAAGGCUCCUUGGUUGUUGCUUUCGAGGACAAGAAAAAUUACUAGUAUAUGAAUACAUGGUUAAUGGCAGCCUAGACACCUUCAUUUUUGAUAAAGUAAAAAGUAAAUUGCUGGAUUGGCCACAGCGCUUCCACAUAAUAUUUGGAAUUGCUAGAGGGCUUUUGUAUCUCCAUCAAGAUUCCCAAUUAAGGAUUAUUCAUAGAGAUCUCAAAGCAAGUAAUGUUUUACUUGAUGCAAAGUUAAAUCCAAAAAUAUCAGAUUUUGGAAUGGCUAGAGCGUUUGGAGGAGACCAAAUUGAAGGAAACACAAACAGGGUAGUUGGGACUUAUGGAUACAUGGCCCCAGAAUAUGCUGUUGAUGGACUAUUUUCAAUCAAAUCGGACGUUUUCAGCUUUGGUAUUUUAUUGUUGGAGAUUAUAUGUGGGAACAAAAAUAGAGCUCUUUGUCAUAGAAACCAGACCCUUAACCUGGUUGGUUAUGCAUGGACACUUUGGAAAGAGAAAAAUGCUUUACAGUUGAUUGACUCAAGCAUAAAGGACCUAUGUGCUAUCCCAGAAGCACUGCGAUGCAUCCAUGUUAGUCUCUUGUGCUUGCAACAAUACCCGGAGGAUAGGCCAACCAUGACCUCAGUAAUUCAAAUGUUAGGGAGUGAGAUGGAACUGGUUGAGCCAAAAGAGCCUGGCUUCUUUCCCAGAAGGAUUUCGGACGAAGAAAAAUUCAGCUCAAAUCUAAACCAUAAGACUUCAAAUGAUGAGUUAACCAUUACCUCAUUAACUGGUCGGUGAAAGUUUGAGCAUAUUGCACUGACGCACAAUUUUGAUUACAAGUCUUAAUUUAGCUUCACUUUCCAUAGUCAUAUACGACGAAUGCUUUAAACUUUAAAGACAUGAGAUGAAAGUUGAAAGUAGUAGGACGAUUGUUGCAAAGCCUUGUCAGACAGAUGAUCAAUGUAAUCCGAUGCAAGAUGCUGAAUUUCAAAUCUCUCAAUAUGUGCUACAUUUUUUAUUCAGACCUUGCAUUCAAAGUUGUGAUUUAGGCUUGGGCCGAUUUAUAAAAAAUAAGAGAAUUUGGCUACAGAGUUUGGUUCUCUGAUUUUUCUCAACUAGUUUUUAGCUUUCUUUAUUGUUCUUAGUGUUUUUCACUCUCGGGUCUUGUCCAUGAGUGACUAAACUCUGUAGUCAAUCUUUGGAUUUUAAUAGCAGUUGUGUGUUGACAUGAGAUCUAGUGUCCCAAUGGUUUCAAUUCUACUUGGUGUUUAAGUUAAUAUGAUUUCUUCACCUUCAUCUCUAGAAUCAUGUUUGUUAAUUGAAUGAAACCGCUUGUGCUGAACUCAUUACUGCAUUUUGUGUUUAACUCUGAAUAUAUUUGAGAUUUAAGUUAAGAAGAUGCUUACUCUAAGUUCUUGUACUCGAAGAAUUAGGUUUCUGGCAGAAGUGUUUGUUUGUUUGUUUGAACCUUGGAAGAAUCACUGGUGUUAUUUACUUCUCUUGGCUAAAUCGUAAUAUGGGUGCAUGGUGUCUCAAUGGAGAAUCUGAAUUUCAAAUGUUGCUUGUUCAUUUGGAUCCGGCCAAUUGAGCUUUUAGUUGUAAUAUGAAUUAAAUGAUAUUUUGCAGUCUGGGACAGUAACUACAACUGAAUGUUAAUUUUACUAUUCAAGUCCUUUACACAUUCAAACUA